AUGGAAGGAGAACUUGGAUUGCAAGAUAGAAGAGCCCUGGAACCGGGCGUCACUGGUGGUCACCUAGUCCCUCACCUCAGGAACCGGCUAUCUCCUGCGGCCAGGAUCGGUGUCUCGGGGUUGAGAAAGGCCUUCCCAAGCCUUACUCUGGGUCCUCUUGCUAUUCCCGAUGGAAUCAGCAAGAUAGAAGAGCCCUGGAACUGGGCAUCACUGGCAGUCGCCAAGUAUAACUUGCUCAAUGAUUACUACUGGAGUGGCUUGUACGGAAUUGAUGAAGUUGAUGCGGCUGUUGACUGCUUCUGCAGUACAUACGGUGAAGGGAAAGAAGAAGUUGGUUCUUUCAGCCAGGAGAAUGAAAAGGCGGCUACACCAGAAUUUGAUGCUAACAGACGUAGAAGGAUUGAAGAACAAACCUUAUCGCUCGAAGCGCCUUCAUCUUCCCAGGCUGACAGUGUUUCAGCAGAUGCCAUUUCUGUAUCCACUGAGAACUUUCAACCCAGUGCAACGUCAACUCCUAAAGGAAAGAAGAGAAGACCACACAACAGAAAAGUACCAGUGCAUUUGAUGAAAUGGAGAUUACAGCAAAAGAAAUCUAAAGGAGAAGAAAAAUCUGGGCCAUCAACAUCUUCUUCCACCUUAGAGUCAAAUCUAAAAAAAAGCGUCCUUGAUGGCACCUCUGAUUUUGCUACAAUUGUGCCACCAUUCCCCUCAAUUGGUCUACAACCAGCUUUGAACCAUGAGAUUGAUACCACCUCAACGCGAAAUAGUGGAGUUUCUUACGUGGAGAGUAACGUCUGUGAUACUUUACUAACAAGGUAUGUCAUCAUCUCAACUUACAACUAAUUUCAUAUAUACGAAUAUGGUGUUCUCUAUACUUCCUAACAAGUAGAAUGUAUUUUGGUCACUGGUCCACUUUUUUCUAUAUUCUAUUGUUUUUUUCAACUGUUAUAUUUUCCAACUUUGUUGGAUCA